GUAGUCCACGCCGACGCCGACCCCGACGAACUUCUGCUUCAUCUUCUUCUUCUUCUUCUUCAUCUUCAUCUUCCUCCUCUUUUUCCUUCAUUCCGAGCGGGCGAGCUGCAGGCAGAAAAUGGCGGCCCCUCCGGGUUGACCAUGAUAAGAAAGAGUUCGCGCCUGGAGUCGUCGGGCUACUACAGCAGUGACGGUCAGCCCGUCAUCUCGUACAAGGAGACGCCGUACAGGAGGCUGUGGACUCGGAGUCGCACUCAGCACCGCCUGCGCAGGGUCACCACGGACGACGCCAAGGACGACAUCCCGCCGUCGGACAUUCCCGUCGGAGACGCCGGACCGCCACGCAGGAGAAGCGGAGUGCUGCGCUUGGCGCGGAAUUACCUCAUCCCCAUUUGCAUCCCCGUACUCUGGAUCUUGUGCGAGCCGUUCAUUCGCCAGAUGACGGGCGGCAGCACUCCCUCCAACGUGAUUUCCGCCCGCGGCAAUGAGCUGUUGGAGGAGUUCUACGCCAAGUACAACGAGUUGAAGGCCCGCCUGAACAGCUACGAAGAGAUGAUGCGCAAAGACGCCAACGCGCCGCUUUGGGCCACCGUUCCCAACUACGCCCUGGAGUCGGCGGGGGCCAGCGUGCUGUGCAGCGCUUCGUCGCCGUCCUACAAGGUGAAGACCUCUCGCGUCUCCUUCUUGGGCCUGGAGUGGGGCUCCCGGAAGGCCGUGCGCUCCCACGUGGUCAUCGAGGGCAAGUCGGAGCUGAAUCCGGGUAACUGCUGGGCGUUCGCGGGCCAGCGGGGCAACCUGACCGUCGUCCUGUCGCACCCGGUUGUCGUCCAGAGCGUCACGCUGGGACACGUCUCCAAGAGCAUCUCGCCCACCGGCGACAUCCCCCACGCGCCCAAAGAGUUCUCCGUCUACGGGAUGGAGUCUCAGGAGGCGCCCGGGAUCAAACUCGGAUCCUUCAAGUACAACCACAAUGGACCCAUGUUCCAGAACUUCUACAUAUCUGACAAAGGAGACGCGGCCAUGACGCACGUGAGGCUGAGCGUGCUCAGCAACUGGGGCGACCCCACCUACACGUGCUUGUACAGCUUCAAGGUGCACGGCCGCUUGGCGUCCUGAGGCCAAACGCGACGUUGUCCCGCCACGCACUACGAGCACUUUCCCCGAGUCCCGACGACGCCCUACGUUGGGGUCGGGCUGCCGGCCACCUGCUGCACUUUACACUCAAGGCGCGCAAUACUGUGUAUUCGUGCUUUUGUAUUAUUGUCGUCGUACAUUUGGUGUUUUGUUUUU